CUGGCAUCGUACGAGGCAAAACUCGUGCUGAUUCAACUAUAAAUGAAUGUGAAUAGUGCAGUAUCUAUGGUAUGGCUCUUUUUAAAUUCUUUCCGAAACUUAGGACCACGGGACAAGCUAGUGAGGAAGGGAGGAAUGUCAGUGAAAAAUCAUCAUGUCCUUUUGGGACAGACCAGGUCAGACUUAUGCUAUUCAGGGAGUGCGACUUUAGAGGCAGAAAGCUCCUCUUUGACUCUGAUGCCACUCAAAAAAUUCCAGUGGAAAAAACGGAGGCGGAUAAGAAAUUUAUUGAAAUUACAAACGGAUAUGGUUACUUAGUCGUUUCAAAACACAAUGGGGACUACCAGCAAUUAUCAGACAUGGUUUUUGGUUCUGUUGCUAUGAGCUUUAGAGGUACUUACUUAAAAAUACAUACCCUUACAAAUCCCGAUAGAAUUAUGUUUACACAGGUUUUUCCUAGUCCCAGUCACAGCAAAAGAUCAAAAACUUCCAGUAACCAGUCGACUGGGAGUAGUUUUGAACAUUCCAUUAGAUUAGACGAUUCAGGAAAUAAUAGUAGCUUUUCUACUAGUGACAGACUUUCAGACCAUAGUACUGCUUCUGAUACAGUUUUAGUUUGUCGGAGACUGCAGAGCAGCCCUUUAGACGUACCGGGAUUGCUACCAAAGAGUUUAUCUAAGAGCAGUUUGAUAGUCGACUCAGGUUGUGCAGAUCACUCUUUUUCUAGUACUAGUACUGGUCCUUUAAAUAUUUCUAUAUGGGAGUCCGUUUUUUCUCAUAAAGAUUUGACUAGUAUACAGUUUUCAAGUGGCGUAUUUAAGAAAUUACUAAGAAGUUCGACUAGAUCUUUAAGCAGUUCGAUUUCCUUGCCAAAUUCCACUGAAGCUUUACAUAAAAGUGCCCGGAGGGAUAGCAAGUUGGGCCUAAGCAUUAUCAUAAAUCUGUCUGCUGAAAGAGAAAGGUCCCUAAUACAAUUUUUUAUGGAGCACAUCACUUUAAUGGAAUCUCUUAUUUGGCGCACACACCGCUCUGUCGUAUCGGCCUACCACCGACCCUCCUUCUUCAUAUCCCUAAUGAUGGAAACGUUUCAAAAUGUGGCAUCAUUCCUUAGGAAUUUACAAACCGCCCCACGUAUAGUAACCAAUUUGUGGCAUUGUCUCUCUUUUGGCUGUGAUAAUUUAUCUAAUAAUUAUGCAUUUAUUAACGAGCUCGAUGAUACAAGUUGCCAGACGUUGCCCAAGGACAGUCACACGGAGCUGAAAGUUCUAAGCGCGCCUAAGACUGAAUUUUUAGGAUUUAAUUUUAGUAGAAUUUUGAAGACUGAUUGGAAUUUGAGUGAGAAGAGAGGAGGGAACAGAGAAGAGGUUGCUGCUGAUAGUUUUAUAAAGGAAUUCUGUGAGCUGUUGGAGGAAUUUGAUGUCAAGGAUACUAAUUUCUUUAUAAGCACCCUCAUCACUGCGGUCCUUACACAUCACUUGGGCUGGGUAGCAACCGUUCUUCCGAAUUUUUCUAAGGAACCAAUAAUAUCCGCUAAACACCCCUGCAACCCACUUUGGAGUCAACUGACGGACCUGUAUGGGGCUGUAGGCUACCCCAUCAAAACUGCACAAACUGUGAUAACAGGAACAAAUAAGAACAAUAUCGUUACCAAAUUAUUAAACUCUCUUACUUAUUUUAUAAGAUUUGACAAUGUUGAGAGAAAAAACGUGACUAGAGCCGGCCUAGAAGAAGAAAAUAAAGUAGCUGGUCAAAUAUGCGCCAGAAAUAAAUGCAUACCAAAGCAAUACUAUAUGAAAUAUCAAGAUCAUUUGAAAAACAUAUUAUGGGAAGAGCCUGUUAAGGUUAAAAAGGAGGACAAAUCUGCAGUUGAUCAACUCAAAUCAUCGAAAGGUUUAACUAAAACGAAAUCCCAAUCAAACAUGUCUUCCUUGAUAUCGGAAAAACUGAAAUGCAAUAUUGAAUCACCAUUAACGUUUGGGCACGUUUUAAAGACCGAAAGCUUUUAUAAAAAUCAGGCUAAUUUAGAUCAAAACCAUAAUAAUGUUUCUGAAAAAUGUGUUAAAGCGCCUUUGAAGAAUUUAUCAAAGUCACAAAAAAUUAACGAUCUGACAAAAUUGGAGCAGGACAUUGCUCCAGAGGAUUUUGAAUCUUUCCAGCCGCCUAGCGUCGAUGAAACCGUAGUGUUUGUCUUGGGAGAAAAUGAGAAACUUGUGGGACUAAAAAAAGACGAGAGUUCAGAAUUAGUAGGGGCGGGUGUGAAAAGAAAAAUCUCCGCUUCCAAACGACCCUCUUCAUUAAAUAUUCUGAAAAGUGACAAACCAGGCAACUUGCAUUUACACGAAUCCUCGUCCUAUGAAUCCCUUGUCGUGGAAAAUUUCGAAGAACCUCUCCCUCAUUUCCAAACCAGAGCGCAAAGCGAACCUCCCGAGAUCAGAAAAACAUCCCCUCCGAAAUUCAGGCACUCUAGAGUGAAAUUUAAUCUCCAGCAGUACCCCCAAGUGGUAAAAAACUACAUGAAAAGCAAAAAUAUCGAGUUGGAGGGUCUCUCUUUAGGGGAGAAGGUUUUUGAUAAGUUCGUUACCGUACAGCACAACAUAAAGUUGGACCUUUCUGGGUAUGAGUAUGAAAACGAUGAGGCGGAAGUUCUGCAGACACCUUCCAAUGCUUCGGAAGAGUUUCCGACUGAUAUGGACACAGAUCCUGAUAAAGAAUAUGUAAAGGAGGUGGCAAUUGAAGAGAAAAAGCAGUUGAUGAUGAUUGUUGAUCUUCCAAUGCCAAAAUCGGCUAUUUUCUCGGAAAAGCAACUCUCGGUACCAUAUACCUCGACAGUUAUGAGAGGAGUAAUAGAUAAUUACAUACCUGACAUGGUUUUACAAGGCCUCAUAUCUAACAACAAGUGUGAUUCGCAGUUAAAAAGUAACCUUGCCAUAAACGCUCAACAUUCGUUGCUGGAUCACCCUGUUGAUGAAGCCUUGGCCAUUGUAGCUAAUGCUGAUACCUGGGAAGUUCAAGUAAUGUCUAGUCACACUUACGUAAUAGAUAAAGGCACUAGCGGGGUCCGCGCUGGUAUGUCUCAGUUGGUGGCAAACAUGUUAGAAUCUCUCUUGCAAAUGCGGAAAUUACACAUUCCAUCUCAAUAUUGCAUUCGACAUAUUGAGCAGCGCCUUCAAGAGCUGUGUCUUCGGUCCAAGGCGUUAGCACAGCUAUUAUUGUCAAGCGAAUUUUGCAGCAUUGAGUUACUCACUUCAACCUUAAGGAUAGAAGUGAACGACGUACCUCUACUGAUGGCAGUGGCGUCUACUCACACUCCUGAAGUUACUAGCAAAUAUGGCUUGAGCUUUCAUUAGGUUAUUGCGCAUUUUUAAUUUGAGAAUGUCUAUGAGAAACUGUUUUUUUUAUUAAAAAAUUCCUCAUAGUUUCGAAUAUUUUGGUGAUUUAGGUUGGGUCGGUUAUUUUUGUGAAGAGCGAACAAUGUAGUGUGAAAAAGUCCAAAGAUUUACAUUUAGAUAAAAUUUAUUUUAGGUUUUUGAAGUGUGCCAAUAAUGUAAAGGUUUGUGAGUGCUUUUACUAAAGUGAAUUAUUUAUCACAAGUUUUUUUUAUACAAGUUGUAUACGUCUACAUGUUAUGGCAGUAUAUCUUUUAUUUUAGUUAUACCAUUGUUAAUGAUUUUUAUUUUUUUACUGGUUUUCAAUAAAUAAAUAUAUUGCAA